UGCCGCUCCAGCUGCGCCACUUGACCUCCUGGGCGACUCCUGUUGAGUUGGCGCUUUUUGCUGCGGAAGAUGCUUCACGCGCUCCUCUCGGUGUUGCUGACAGUCGUCAGCCUCACAGAAAGCAAACAGAAAGACUUUUAUAGUUUUAAAGUGGUGAACAGCAGAGGCAAGCUCGUGUCUCUGGAGAAGUACCGAGGUUCGGUGUCCCUGGUGGUAAACGUGGCCAGUGAAUGCGGUUUUACUGAAGAGCACUACAGAGACCUGCAGCAGCUGCAGCGGGACUUCGGCCCGUACCACUUCAACGUUCUCGCCUUCCCCUGCAACCAGUUUGGGCAGCAGGAGCCUGGCAGCGACAAGGAGAUCGACAGCUUCGUCCGGCGGGUCUACGCCGUCUCCUUCCCUCUGUUCAGCAAAAUCGCUGUGGUCGGAACCGGAGCCAACAACGUCUACAAGUACCUCGUCGAAACAUCUGGAAAAGAGCCGGACUGGAACUUCUGGAAGUAUCUGGUGGACGUGAAGGGGAGAGUGGUGGAUGCGUGGGGUCCAAAGGUCUCUGUCAAAGAGAUCCGACCCAAAGUAGCAGAGAUGGUGCGGCAGAUCAUUUUAAAGAAGAAGGAGGAGCUUUAACCAGACAUCUAGGCUCUAUUUUCUAUAAUCCAUGAAAUAAACCAGGGAUGCACCGGAAAUGUGGCCAAAAACGACCCAAGAGUGCAUUUUUGGUUUUCGGCAGACUGUUGCUGCUGCAGCCUCUCUUUCUUCCUCGCUGAACGAGUGAAUAUCUUCAUCAGAGGGUGAAUAUUACUCUUCAGAAUCAGAGUCAGCCAUUACCAGACAGAGAUGUGCCAGCAGUGAACAGACGUGUCAGCGUUGUAAGUUUCUCUCUAACAUGUAAUAGUAUUCACCUGCUGUGGGCUCCACUGGCCUCCGCUCCUCAGUCGGACUCGGGAGCCUCUGGAUAUGGAGAAGUCUUCAAAGUCUAUAAACUCAGAACAUUUCAAUAGAAACACCCAAAAUGUUGCUCAGAUGCAAGUUGCAUGUCUCCCCUAUCUUCCGGAGUAACAUAGUAACUUCAUGAGGGGUUAUAUUUGCAGCUGUGGCUUCUUAAACACAAUGUUGUGACGUCAACGCUUAAAUGGUUAAUUUAUAGCCCCAUUCCCAUCUGUACCGGGUCGGCCCGGGCCGGGUAGCGUAGGUUGUUUACAUAUCUGGGUGGCCUGGUAUUUUUCCGGGCCAACCAAGGCUCAUUCUCAGGCCUCUUCUCGAGGGGGUCUGCUUCAGGCCGACCAGGCCCAACACACCCACUGCUGACAGCAAAUUCACACCUUCCAUUAGAGCAAGCCUCUGAUUGGUGGGUAGAAUUAGCCCACAUGGGCUUAAGGCAAGGAUGUGUGGAAUCAACCGGGCCAGGCUGGGGCCGACUGGGGCUACCCGGCCCGGGCCGACCCGGUACAGAUGGGAAUGGCCCAUUACAGUCCUGCUAAAGCUUUGCUUUCAGUUAUUGACGUAAUUUCUUAGAGUUUUUGGCCUUGGUUUCCUCAUAUUUGGUUCCAGUCAAGACUUUUUAUUUUGGUGCAUCCCCAAAAUACAUUUGUUUUUAAAUGAUCUGAUUUUCUUACCUAAAGUUUAGAUUCACUAAACAAAAGCAGGUUUUGCAGGUUCCGAAAUGCACGGAUGAAACUCGGCUUUGUUUCUGUUUGAGAGGAAUUCACACCAAAGAAAUGUUGGUUUUUACUCAUUUUAGAAUAAAACUUUACUGUGAUCAUUUA